CUCAUGGAUUGGAUUUUAAUAAUCCAGGGUUUGAAAUUCAUUUUCUUGACCAAAUUGUGUGUGUAGAGAGAGAGAGAGAGAGAGAGAGAAUGUGGUGUUUCUUGGAGUUGCAAAGCUCUGAUUAAGUUCACGUGUAGACUUACCCAUCUGUCCGUGAGUCUUUAAACUUCAAGAAACACACUUUUACAGAUCUGUUUGCAUAAAUCUUUCUGGUUCAGCUCAAGAACUCAAGAACCAGCUGCCAUGGUGGUUUGUAAAGAUUCUUGCUUGCUUUCUUCUCCUGUUACUGUGUGUUUUUGUUUUCUUGAAGCUGGAAAGAUGUCGUCUUUGUCGGUCAAAUUCCAAAACCCUUCGAUAAUGACGUUUAAUUUGGGGGGAAAUUGUUGUUAAGAACCCUUUUUCUUUCUUUCUCUCUCUGACCCCCAAUCAUUUCAUCCAUUCAUUGCCACAAAAGGAAGACAAGAAAGUGCUGGAUUUGGAGUUGUUUUUCCUUCUUAUUCAAACCCCAUUUCCAUUAAUUUAAGCAGGAAGGUGUACAAGAAAAGGUAGUAGCCUUUUUGCAUGGAUCUUUAAUUGAAAACCCAUCUCAGAUUUGCUUUCAAGAUUCAUUGAAAACAGCAAAAGGAGUUUAAAGUUGAAACCCCAGAUGAGAUGAAGCAAAAUGGUGUUGUUUUCUUUCUGUGUUUGGUGUCUUUGUGUUGUGAAUGUGCAUUUGGUGGUGAUAGAGAAGCACUUCUGGGCUUGAAAUCAUCAAUCGAUCCAUCGAAUUCUCUUCAAUGGAAUGGAACCGAUUUCUGCAGAUGGGAAGGAGUUAGAGAAUGUUUAAGAGGUAGAGUGUCGAAACUUGUGCUUGAGAAUUUGAACUUGAAAGGGACAUUGGAUUCAGGGAAUCUCAAUCAGUUGGAUCAGAUUCGUGUUUUGAGUCUUAAACAAAACUCCAUCUCCGGUGAAAUCCCAGACCUUUCUGGAUUACCGAACCUUAAAUCACUCUACCUUUCUUACAACAACUUUUCCGGCGAGUUCCCGGCGUCUCUCACCACCCUUCACCGCCUCAAGACCAUUGUGCUCUCCGGUAAUCGUCUUUCCGGAGCCAUUCCUGAAACGGUUCUCAAUGUACAAAGACUAUAUGUUCUUUACUUGGAUGACAAUAGAUUCACCGGAAAAAUCCCACCCUUGAAUCAAACGGGUCUAAGAUAUCUCAAUUUGUCAAAUAACAAGCUUUCCGGCCAAAUUCCGGCGACCCCUGUCUUAGUUCGAUUCAACUCAACGUCAUUUUUUGGUAACAUUGAUUUAUGCGGUGAUGCAUUUGGCAUUCCGUGCAGUUUAGCUCCGUCUCCCUCUUUUGCUCCGGCGAAUCCAACCCCACCCACCACCAAGAAAUCGAACCAUCGCCGGAAUAUCAAGAUUAUAGUCAUAAUAGCCGGUUCCAUUGGUGGGUUUUUGUUAUUAUGCAUUUUAAUCGCAGUCUUAGUGAUCUGCUUGAAAAGAAAAAAGCAGAAGUCGCCGGAUGUGGCUGUUAAAGGAGCAGAAGCAGUCCCGGCGGCGGGUGGCGGCGGCGGAGCCGCCGCGACUGGUAGUGGGAAAAACGGGGGAGGUGGGUUUUCAUCUGAAGGCGAUGACAGUGGUGGUGGAAUAGGGAAACUGGUGUUCUUCGGCGGUGGAGAUCAGCCGGAGAUGAGUUACAGUUUGGAGGAUCUGUUGAAAGCGUCGGCGGAGACGCUGGGAAGAGGGACGGUGGGAAGCACGUACAAGGCGGUGAUGGAGUCGGGGUUUAUCGUGACGGUGAAACGCCUGAAAGACGCUAGGUAUCCUAGGGUGGAGGAGUUUCGAAGACACGUGGACGUCAUCGGACGGUUGAGACACCAAAAUUUGGUGCCUCUACGGGCGUAUUUCCAAGCCAAAGAGGAACGCCUGCUCGUCUACGAUUAUUUCCCCAAUGGCAGCCUUUUCUCUCUCAUCCACGGAUCAAGAACGUCAGCCGGUGGGAAGCCUCUUCAUUGGACAUCUUGCUUGAAGAUCGCGGAGGAUUUAGCUACCGGACUUCUAUACAUCCACCAAAACCCCGGCCUCACCCAUGGAAACCUUAAAUCCUCCAACGUCCUCUUAGGCUCCGACUUUGAAUCUUGCCUAACCGACUACGGUUUAAUGUCCUUCCGAAACCCUGAUUUCCCGGAAGAAUCAAGCGCGUCAUCCCUCUUCUAUCGGGCCCCGGAAUGCCGUGACAUGCGAAAACCCCUCACCCAACAAGCAGACGUCUAUAGUUUCGGUGUCCUUCUCUUGGAGCUUCUCACCGGGAAGACGCCAUUUCAAGACCUCGUUUUGGAACACGGGGCGGAUAUCCCGAGAUGGGUGAAGUCGGUUAGGGAAGAAGAAACGGAAUCGGGUGACGAGCCAACGUCGUCAGGAAACGAGGCGUCGGAAGAGAAACUGACGGCUCUUCUUAAUAUAGCAAUGGCGUGUAUCUCGCUUGUGCCGGAGAAUCGGCCGGUGAUGAAGGAGGUGUUGAGAAUGAUUAGGGAAACAAGAGCUGAAGCAGCUCAUGUGUCGUCGAAUAGCAGCGAUCAUUCGCCGGGAAGAUGGUCGGAUACCGUCCAAAGUUUGCCGAGGGACGAACAUUUGAGCAUAUGAUUCAUGGUUGGUUGGUUUGUUAAUUAUGGCUCAUUUUUAAUGAAAUUUGAUUCGCCAUU